AUGUGUAGCACCGUCAAAGUAGCUGCAAUCUCGCGUUCUCUCAACGCGAGAAAUAACGAGAGUUGCGCAAAAAUGGAGGCAGUUCCUCGUAUGCCAAUGUUAUGUUUCUCUCUCAAGCACAGUCCUGAAUAUGUCGAGUUCGGUCCCGUUCUUAAAAAGAUUAUUCGAGAACAAUACUCAGAGGAUCCAGCCCACUACAACAAAGCCUGCAAUGACUUGGAACAGCUUCGACAAACUGCUAUUCGUGUUCCCCGUGAUUUCACAGGCUGCAGUACUCUCAAAAAAUACUAUGCUCAAUUACAGUUUCUACAGAGCAGAUUUAAAUUGGGCCAAGAUGAUGAAAAUGCAAUUCCCUUUACCUGGGAAGAUGUUCACACAGGGAGAGAUUAUGUAUAUCGGGACAUAAAAUUUGAACAAGCCUGUAUAUUGUACAACAUUGGUGCCUUGCAUUCCAUCCUUGGAGCUGCUGAUACAAGAACAACUGCAGAGGGUAUGAAGGUGUCCUGCACUCAUUUUCAGUGUGCUGCUUGGGCCUUUGAAUACCUACGUGAUUAUUACACAGCUUACAGCCAGGACUUAUCUCGUGAAAUGAUGUCCUAUCAUGUUAACCUUAUGCUUGCCCAAGCACAAGAGUGCAUUCUGGAGAAAUCAAUGAGUGACAGUCGGAAGAGCACCAUCACAGCCAAAGUUGCAGCAGAAAUUGUUGAGUACUACAAACUGGCAUUAAAGAACUUUGCUAUUGGCUAUGACCAAGGAAUUUUAGGUUCCAGCCUAUAUAAGGCAUGGAAGAAGCGAAUGGAGUGCAAGAUGCAAUUUUACCAAUGUAUCAAGUACUUUUAUCUUGGACAACAAGCUGAUGACCAUCAAAAAUGGGGAGAACGGGUCACUUACUUUUCAUCUGCCCAUGAUAAACUCCAAGAAUGUUUAAAACUCUCAAAGGAUGAAGAAGAUGAUAUACAUGAACCCCUACAGUUUACAUAUGAUGUUGUUGUAGGAAAAUUUAAUUCAGCUAAGAAAGACAAUGAUUUUAUCUACCAUGAAAAAGUUCCAGCUUUAGAUAGUCUUCCUGAAGUAAAAGGUGCUUCUUUGGUCAAAGGAAUUCCAUUUAAUCCAAAUGAUCCUGAAGUAUCAGGUCCAGAUAUUUUUCAAAAAUUGGUUCCCAUGGAAGCACAUGAAGCUGCCUCCUUAUAUAGACAUUUUCUUACCUCACUCCAACUGAAUGAGAAUAUGCUUGAUCCAGAAGCAGGCCGUCUCCCCCAGGAUUUGUUAGAGCGGUGUGCAGCCAUCAGUGUACGUCCAAAUGCCAUCAAAGAUUUGGUUGACUCUAUGGGCAAGGUGUCUGGAGUUGCUACUGAUGUUGAAAUGGGAAUUGAAGAAAUUGAAAAACUAAUUGCCAAGGAGAUAGAGCUUGAAGAGGAAUUUGAAAAAAUGUUUGGUAAACGACCGCCAAUGAAGAUUAUAAAUCAAAUCCAAAAGGAUUGUGAAUUAUACAAAUCUGGCCACGUUCGGGGCAGUCAGUCAAACAAGGAACUCCAUAAGGCAAUGAAUGCCCAUGUAGCCAAUCUAAAGUUACUUAGUGGACCGAUUGAAGACUUACAGAACUCUUUGCCAAAAUUCGAUAGUAUUAAAAAUCCUGAAGAUGAGGCAAUCAUGAAGGAACUCCAGAAACUGUUGGCAAAGGUAGAGGAAAUGAAGAAUCAGCGUGCCAUGUUAGAAGAUCAGUUUCGUACCAAAUUGCGAGAGGAUGAUAUUACUAAUGUUCUUGUCACACAAGAGACAAACAAACAGGUGAUAUUUGAAGAACAGUUAAAGAAACAUGACAAGGUGAUUGGAUUGCUUGAACAAAAUUUAGCUGCUCAAGACAACAUCCUUCGAGCCCUCACCGAUGCCAAUGCCAAGUAUGCUAAUAUUAGAAAAACCAUUACAGAAAUUACACUCAAGAGAGAAGCUUUGAUCAAAGAAUUAAUGAACAGUUAUGAUGUGUAUGAAGAUCUUUUGGCCAAAUCACAGAAGGGCCUUGAAUUCUAUACAAAGCUUGCUGCAAAUGUAGACCAACUUCAGCGACAGUGUCGCAGUGUGUGCCAAGUGCAAGGAGAAGAAAGAGACCAAAUUAAAAACAAAUAUGCAGCAAAGACUCCUGUCCCAGCACGACCUGCUGCUCCAAAGCCAAGUCAUUCUUCUCAGUCAUCAUUACCAAGUUUUGAAGGACCAAAACUUAAAGACUAUUUACCAUAUAUGAAACCAGCUACCUUUGGCAAAGGGGCAGGAGAGGGCCAGUCUAGUGGCUUAUCCACCCCAGAUGAACCAUCCAGCCUUCCAGACCAGUCAAUGCCAUCCAUGGUGGGUGCUGGCAUCCCUCAUUCCAAAGACGGUGAGAACAUAACACCAGUAUCGACUGGAGUAGGCCAAGCACCACACAUUCCACAGACAACUGAUGGCCAGCAGUUUACUGUAACUGCUGUGCCCUUCAGGAUUCCUGCUACCACUGAAGGUGGUGGUGAAAUGUCCCUUCCCCCAGGGGUAGGUACCCCUUCCAAAAUUGGUGGCGGAGUGCCUCCUUCAGGCUUACCAUACAUGCCACUCUCACACAAGCCUCCACCACAGCAGCAACAGCCACCCAUGCAGCAGUCUACAAACACAGUUUCUGCUGUGGCUACACCCAUUGCCUCUCCCACCAUGGACACACUAACCCAUCCUCACUUGACACCGGGUGGUGGGACCCUCGGUCAGCAGCCAGACGUUACUGCAAAUACACACAUGCAGACCCAGAUGAGUCAUGCCACACCUACAGUUCCUCAAGGGCCUGCAGUUUCAAGCGGUCUUCAGUAUCCUACAGCUGAACAAGCACAUCAUCCUCUGCCUCAAGGUACUCAUGUACAACCAAGCCAGCAACAAUAUCCUGUUAGCUCUACAGCCGCUGGUGCCAUGGCACAAAUUCCCUCUGCCCAGAUGCAGUAUUCAAACCAGUCUCAAAUACCUCCCAGUGGCUACCAAAGCAAUACUGGUCAGCAGAUGGACUCUGUAUACACAGAUCCAUAUAAUUCUUACCGACAAGGCUACCCACCGAAUAUACCACCUCCUCCAUAUCAAAGCCAGGCACCUCAUUAUCCAACCUCAAUGUCUACUGCUGCACACCAUCAAAUGUAUACUGGUGCACCACUAACUUCACAGCACCCUUAUGUAGACAGGUACCCAACACCUGGGUCAGGGUAUCCUUCCCCAUCAAGAUCUUUACCCAGCCAAAAUACUCGCAUGCCUGUCCCUCACACAUCAUCUUAUGCCCCAGCAGCUAUCUCUCAGCAACAGUACACUCCAAGUCCUCAAACACCAGUAUCUGGAUACCAGAUGCCCACCAGUAGUCACUCAGUCCCGGGAGUGUUACCUAAUCGAGCCCCUGUACCUCAGCAGCAACCCCAACAAAACUGGGAUACCAGCCAUAGCCCUGCUCAUAGCCAAUAUCAAAUGCCGACUUCUAGUCAGCCUCAGCACCUUACAAAUUGCCCACAGCCAUCACCUGCUAUAUCUGGUUCAGUUGCACCACCUCAGGGAUACAUUCACCCUGGGAGUACAUACUCGGGACCACCUCAGUCCAUUCCUUCACACCAGCCAGCUUGGACAUCUGCAGGUUACAUGCCAACCUCAACACCUCAAAUGAGUAACAGUGGUCAACCAAGUGGUCAGUUUGUGGGCAGUGUUCCCACUCAGCAACCCCCACCCCAGCAGCAGGUGAGCCAUGUUGGCUAUCCACCAUCAUCAGCUGCUUCGUCAUACACCCCCCAGCACCAAGUACCUCUCGCCAGGGUUCAACAUCAGCAGCCGAUGCCACAAAACCCACCUGCAGCAGCAGGUCUUCAGCACCAGACAUUGCCACAGCAGGUCCCCAAGCAGUGGAACCAAAACACCCAGCCACAGCAACAAGUACCUCAUCAACAGUGGAUGCCUCCUCAGUCAUUUGGUAAUAUGAGCCACCCUCAGUCAAUGGUACAACCACAACAGCAGCAACAGCAGCAAAUGGGGUCUCCUCACUAUCAGUCAACCAGAAUAACCCCAAUAUCUCAAACCUCUCCUCAUCAUACUUAUGCAACUCCUCAACAAGGAAUGCCCCAUAUGGUCAACCAGAUGCAGCCCCACCCAGUACAGCAGCCUCAUAUUAUACAGCAUGGACAGUCCACCCCACAGCAGUUUCCCCACAGCCUGCCAAGCCAGCAAGCACAAUCACAGCCACACACUCAGAUGCUGCCAAGCAAUGUCCAAAACAGGCACAGCUAUCCCCAACAGGCUACAUCCCAACACCAGCAGCAGCAGCAGCAGGUUCCUGCCAGCAUCAAUGUUGGACAUCUCCAGCAACCCCAGAGCCAGCCUGUCCCCCAAACACCUACAAAUGCACCAUCUGCCCAGCCAGUCAUUGAUCAAACACCACCCUUGAAACCACAGACUGUAGCUACCCCAUCUCCAGUUCGUGUGCCACAGUCAAACUUUCAGCCGACAAGUCACAGCCAGCCCUCACCUCAGCACCAGGCACAGAAGCCAGGGUCCACACCACCACAGCCUCCACUCCAGCCUCCUCAGCAACAUGGAUCGCCACAAAUACUCCACCCUUCAAGACUAAGCCGUCAGUGGUCUGGAUCCACAGCCUCAUCACUAGACGAUAUUUUAUCCUCUAGUCCUGAGAAUGUUCGCGAAUCGACCAUUCCUGACAGUAUGCUGACCCCUCAAGUAUUGACUCCACAGGAAAUUCAACAACAGAAAGAAGAAGCCAUGAAGAACAAUGCUAUCAAGCAGGCUCUCAAACAAGACCCAUACCAGGAUAAAGAUACCCUUGAUAAAUUUGUGACAGAAGUCGAGAAAUUCGAGAAAAUGGUGGAUGGAUUGUACAAACCUACUUUGAAUGGACCAAGCCCACUGGAUUCAAUAUGGAAGGAAUUGUGUGAUGAACAAGACAAAGAAAGUAGAAAACGUUCAAUGGCUGCUGCUCGAUGUGAUGCUAUGAAAAACAGAGAUCCACAUGUGAUGCCUUAUGAUGAUUCCAGAGUAUUGCUUACAAGCCAAAAAGAUGAUUAUAUCAAUGCCAGUUGGCUUGAUGAUCUUGUGUUAUCAUGUCCCAAGUUUAUUGCAACUCAAUUCCCAUUAAAUGUGACAUUGGUAGAUUUCUGGAUCAUGGUCUAUGAGCAGGGAGCAGAAGUAAUUGUCAAGUUAUUCAGUGAGGCAGAAGCAGGCAAAAAAUAUCCAACAUACUGGCCAACAGAAAAGGGUCAGACAAUUCAACACGGUCCUAUAAGCCUAACUUUGCAGACGUGCAAAAAGAAAGAUUUGUGGACUGAACGACUUAUUUAUCUCACUCAUACCGAGGUAAGUAUUACAAUCAUGUUACAAUCAAUAUUACCAAUGACCUAUUUGCCAUAA